AUGUGUAUGUUUUUACUUCGACACAUCCUCGUAAUUUUGCAUGCGAUACGUUUUAGUAGAAAAGGAAAUGACAAAUGUGUUCGUUUUUUCAUGUAAAGGAUACAACGUAGAUGAUCCCUUGCAAGAAGAGCGUGUGACAAGAGCAGGCGUAGCGCAUAGCCCAACAUUAAAAUACAAAUAAUAAUGUUACGUACAUGUAUCGAUUAAUGGAGCAGUGAAUGAGAAAUAAGAAAGAAGUAUAUAUGCAUGGCCAACUCAGAGAGGCCAGAGGAAGAAGAACGGUGCGAGACAAUUAAUGCGAAUGGGAGCGCCAGUGCGCGCCGUAGCACCGUAGCAUAAACGGAUGCUUGCAGAUUUCACAAGUAAACAACAUGCUGUGAACAUUUCUCCAUUGUAGAAUAACAGCCUACCGAAACGAUAUGACCUCCAGUUAUAAGUGGGAGAAGGAGCAGAAGAGGAGACUCCAGAAUUUUCUUUCUGACCUGGCUAUGCUGGGCUCCCUGCAGGGUUUUCGCUAUUUCCAGCCUUGGCUGAGAGGGAGAGAGGAGCUGUUGCUGACCAUCGUGAACGAGGACAUGGGAUGGCACUCCCCUGGGUUCCCAGUUUCAAUGGCAUCCUCCUUCAGCAGUUCCACUGCCGGCAGCAGCAGCAGCAGUGCAGCCAGCUCUCCUCUCUCUGGAGUCCAGCCCAUGCAGGGACCACCACAGCAGGCCAGCAGUUGCAAUGAAGCCCAUCUACUCCCAGCAUCCCCCAGUGAGCGGGAGAUAGCUGUACCUGAAAUAAACUGCACUCUUUUCCUAUUGGCUGGCUAUGCAAAGUAUGGCAGACCCUAUGCCUGGAUUCGGUCUAAUCAUGAGCGCCUGGUGAACAUUGGAGGGACAGACUCGAUGGUUAGAGACACACCCAUGAAGCUCAAGUCAAUCACAGACUGGGGCUCACAAGGGACAAGGGUGUGGGAUGUAGUGAGUGAACUAGUCUGUCUUUGUACCAUUCCUCCUCCUGCCAACCCCUUCUCCCUGGACAUGCGCUACCUUCAAACUCUUCCCCUCUCGGAGCAAUUCCUGGUCUCAGGGGCGCUCAUAAACUUUUUGGAGAUGCUUGUUGUCCAGUGCAACCAGGAGGAACCAUUCUACUGGAAAGUUGUGGAGGAGGUGGACUCCCUGAGACGUCUCCAUGUACAGGCCCUCUGGGAGGUGCAGCGCCUAAGAAGUGAAGCUCUGAGUGUGGAGCAGGGCCCGUCUGAAGAACAGUGACCAACGUGACAGCAUGGACCCCUGGGGUAGGGGAUGGUCACCAGUCUGUGGAAUUAGCCCUCACAUUAAGCCAUUCCGAUACCAGCACCAGCUCCUUAAACAGUAUAGGUGAUUGUGUUUGUGAGAAUAAUAAGAUCAUCAACAGAGAAUAAAAAGUGUUCAUUCCAAGUUUUAUGUCCCAACAACUUACAAUGCAGUCUGUAAGUCAUUGGACAGUGACACGUGUUUUUCUUAAAGUGCAGAAUUUCAGCUUUGUGUUUUCACAUCCAUAUUCGGUGAACCAUGUAGGAACUACAAUUCAGACAGCCCCCCCCCCCCAAUCAACAAAGUUACUGGACAAUUGCCAAUCCAAUUUUUCUUGGAGACAUGUGUUAAGUUCCAUUAUUAGUUCAUACAUAAGAGCUAUCCUCAUUUGGAGUCUACCACCAGGUUGUUGUUUCUCAACAUGAGGACCAAAGAAAUGUCAAUGGCAGUAAAGCAGGCCAUCAUUAGGCAGGAAAAUUAGAGUAAAUCAUAGCCGAAGAGUUAGGAGCAUCACUAUUAACGGUUUGGUAAAUUAAGAAGCAAGAACGCACUGGAACCAUGGAAGACCAGUGUAAUGGAUGACAGAAUAAUCAUUUGAAUGGUGAAGAAAAAUCCCUUUGUAACUGUUCAACAGAUCAAGAUCAACUCUUCAACACGCUCUAGGAGGUGUAGAUGUGUCAGACGACCAUGACCAGAAGACUACAUCAGCAUAACCUCUGAGGGUUCACCACAAGAUGAAAACCCCUGGCAAGCCUCAAGAAUAGAAUGGCCAGGUUACAGUUUGCAAAAACCUCCAUCAAAAGGUUCUGGAACAAAGUGUUAUAGACAGAUGAGAUGAGAAGAUCCAAAGCAUGCCACCUCAUCUGUCUAACAUGGUGGAGGUAGUGUUGGGCAUGUUUGGCUGCCACUGGAACUGGCUCAAAUCUGUUCACUGAUGAUGUCACUGCUGACAGCAGCAGCAGGAUGAAUGCCAACGUACUGUAUAUAGAAACACAGUCUGCUCAGAUGCAAGCAAAUACAUCAAAACUGAUUGGAUGAAAUCAGUGAAUUAAUUGAAUGAAAAUAAGCAGGAGCUGAAGAGUUGCAGUACAGGCCUGGCAGAGCAUCACCAGGGAAGAUACCCAGCAUCUGGUGAUGUCUAUGGGUUGUACACUUCAGGUAGUCACUGAUUGCAAAAGCUUUGCAAUGAAAUAUUGAAUAUGAUGACUUUACGUUUGUGUUCAUUUGUCCAAUUACUUUUGAUCCCUAAAAUGGCAGGGACUGUAUAAAAGGGUUGCAAUU